AUGAGCGCAAACGCGACUGAACGCGAGCACGCCUACCACGCCCAGGCGCACGGUAUCUCCGAGACCAAGGAAAAGGCCGGCCUCGGCGAGUACUCGAAGGAGGAGGAGGCUGGCGUCGUCGUCCAGUCUGCCGACGGCGUCGACCCCCAGCUCCAGCCCACCGCCGAGGACUUUUCCACUCUGCGUCGCGUCUCCGCCGGAAUGCCCGCCGUCGCCCUCGCCAUGUGCUUGAUCGAGUUUGCCGAGCGUGCCUCCUACUACGGCACCAAGGGCCCCUUCAACAACUUUAUCAACAACAAGCUUCCCAAGGGCGGUAACGGCGCCGGUGCCGUCGCUCCCGGCAAGGCUGGAGAGCAGCAGAAGGCUGGUGCGCUUGGCCGUGGCUCGGUCACCACCUCCGCCCUCACCCAGAUGUUCAACUUCCUCGCCUACGUUAUCCCUAUCCUCGGUGGUAUCAUUGCCGACAACUACUGGGGUCGUUUCAAGACCAUUGUUGUUGGUACCGCCAUCGGCGCCAUUGCCCACAUCAUCCUCAUCAUCCCCGCCAUUCCCAAGGUGAUUGCUGUCCCUGAUGCCGCCCUCGGUAUUUUCAUCAUCUCGAUCCUCAUCCUCGCCUUCGCGGCGGGUUUCAUCAAGCCAUGCUUGGGCCCCCUCCUCUGUGACCAGUCGCCCGUCAAGCAGCCCACCAUCUCCUACACCAAGAAGGGUGAGCGCGUCAUCAUCGACCCCCAGACGACCGUCUCGCGUUACCUCAUCAUCUUCUACCUCUGCAUUAACGUCGGUGCCCUCUUCCAGAUGGCUACCCAGUACUCGGCUCGUCUCGUCGGCUUCUGGCUCGCCUUCCUCGUUCCCGGCAUCCUUUACAUGCUCAUGCCCCCUGUCCUCAUGUACUGCUCGCCCCGCCUCAUCAAGCAGGCCCCUGGUGGCUCAGUCCUCCCUGACACCUUCCGUGUCAUCCGCAUUUGCAUGUCCAACGGCGGCUGGAAGAGGCUCGGCCGCGGUGGCGACGACUGGUGGAACAAGGCCAAGCCUUCCUACAUCCAGGCGAACACCGGCACCGUCGACAUGUCACGCGUUCACUGGGACGACAAGUUCGUUGAUGAGAUCCGCCAGACCCUCAACGCCUGCGGUGUCUUCCUUCUCCUCCCCGUCUUCCAGCUCGCCGACAGCGGCUCGGUUGGUCUUGGCAACCUCGGCAACGACAUGUCGGACGCCAUGAAGGUCAACGGUGUCCCCAACGACUUCCUCAACAACUUCAACUCGAUUUCCAUCAUCGUCUUCACCCCCAUCCUCACUUACGGCAUCUACCCCUUCUUCGAGCGCAUCGGCUGGCCACUCAAGCCCAUGACUCGCAUGUGCAUUGGCUUCCUCCUGGCCACCGUCGGCUGUAUCUUUGGCGCCAUUGUCCAGAACAUGAUCUACGACCGCUCGGUCUGUGGCAAGUUUGCCACGCACUGUGAGGACGACAUCCCGACAGUUACCCUCUGGUGGCAGAUUCCCAUCAUCAUCUUCCCCGCCAUUGGUGAGCUGCUCGUCAACGUCACCGGCUACGAGCUUGCCUACACCCGCUCGCCUCCCCGCAUGCGCGCUCUUGUCUACUCGCUCUCCCUCUUCAACGUCGCCAUUGCUGCUGCCAUCUCGCUUGCAUGCUCGGCCGCGCUCACCGACCCCAACCUCGUCAUCGCCUGGAUCGUCCUUGCCUGCGCGUCGUUCGUGUGUGCUCUCAUUUUCCCCACCUACUUCCGCGGCCUCAACAACUUUGUGUUCUCGUGGUCGGAUGAGGAGCGCAGCCGACACACCCAGAAGCAGGACGAGGAGAUUGCCCGUGUCGAGUCGCACCGCCAGAGUGUCUCCGAGGGCCACAGGGACAACGACAAGUAUUAAAAGGUGUAGGAUUGUAAACGGUUCUCUCUCAGCGGCAGGUGCCGCGAUAUUGUAGUAGUUCGAGAGUGAUAUGAACUCGGGAGUGCUUCUAGG